AUGCCGCAGGAGCCCGGCAGCUUCCCGCGCAGCAUGUCGCGUCCGAUGUCUCCCAAUGCGGCGCGGGCGGCGCCGCCACCCCGGAGCGCGCGCGGCGUCGCGGACGCGGCGGGCAAGCUGACGAUGGUGAUGGUCGGGCCGACCGGGCAGGGCAAGAGCACGCUGGGGAACCUCGUGGCCGGCGGCGGCAAGGGCUUCGCGCCCUUCACCACCUCCGACGAUUUCGACUCCGAGACCAUGGAGGCCGCCCACGCGGACUUCGCGUACGACCUGCAGACGUUCAGGGCAAUCGACACGAUCGGCUUCCUCGACACCAGGAUGGAUAAGACCCAAAACAUGGACAAGUUCGCUGGCUUUGCUGAUCGAGCCCCUGGUGGUAUCGACGUGUUACUCUUUGUUCUGAAGAAGGGCCGCUUCACGGAGCAGUCCCUGGGCCAGAUCGCCGCCUUCCGCGCCAUCGCUGGCGAGGAGGCGCUGCGCCACACGCUCCUGGUGUUCACGCACUGCGGCAACGAGACCAACGAGUCGCUCCGGGACCGCUGCAGCAACACGUCCAACACCCACCUCAGGGCUGCCAUGGGCUCCUGCGUGGGCGUGAUCGGCGUCGACAGCUUCGCGCAGGGCCGGAAGGGCGAUCGCGACGCGCUCUUGCAGGAGAUCAAGCACGUGAUCAAGGCCAACGGAGGGCACAAGUACGACAACGCCUCCAUCUCGGAGGCCAGGGAGCGGCGGGCUGAACUCCAGGAGCGAAUCAUCAGGCACCUUUCGCAGGAGCGGCGCGACGCCAUGGAGGAGAAACUUGACGGACUGUACCACGGGCGGUUCACCUUCAUGCAGGUGCACCGCGCAGUCGAGGAAGCCAUCGAGCGCGAGGAAAGGCAGCGGAAGGAGGAGGAGGAACGCCUCAGCCUGCAGGCGCUGCUGCACGCGGCGGCCAGCGAGGCGCAGGCGUGGAAGGAGGUGGCCCGCAACGUGCUCAAGGCGCAGGCUGGCCAGCAGCAGUCCGCAUUCGCGGCCUGCUGCGGGCCGGCGGCGCCCGCGACGUACGACGCCUGCGAGGUCACGGUGGCCGAGCCCGCCAUCAGGCCGCCCAAACCCUACGGGGGCUACGGCGGCGGCGGCUACGGCGGCUACGGUGGCCAGAGCGGCGUCUUGGGCAACGCGCCAGACUCCAGAGGCGGCUGGGCCCCUAUCAAGUACGACCGCCCGCGCAGUCCGUAG